AUGAACACCAACACAUAUGAGGGAGAAAUUUUGAGACAGCUUCGCGACGGCAAGUCUACGCUGGCAGGCUACCCUUUCAUCUGCCACUUGCUCGAUGACUUUGAGAUUGAAGGCCCAUACGGAAAGCACGCCUGUCUGAUAUUUUCUCUAAUGGUCGAGACACUGCGCAGUCUCGGGGCAUGGUUUGAAGAUUCUCUCGUGUCGUAUCCCAGCAUGCGACGAUUUACCAUUGAGCUUGCUCUGGCGCUUGAUUAUGCCAUGGCCAUGGCGUAG